UUAGUCGGUAAGGCCUCCCUAAGCUUUAACUGCUGGACACGCCUGAGUAGGUUCGGGCAUACGCCACCUUGCCGACCAACAUGUCGGCUAGGGAGAAGAGUCUUCUCUUGUUGAUGACAGUUUUGUGUGUCCUGGGAGGCGUUUUCGGUAGACACGAACCGCAUGCGGGACUAGGACUUCUUGGAGGCGGUGUGUGUCCCGAGGGAGAGAUGGAGUGCUGGAGCCCCGGGUUUAACGGGACGGAGCCGCACUGCGUGAACGCCAGUCUGGCCUGCGACGGUGACUGGGACUGUCCGUUUGGGGAAGACGAGGAUCACUGUGAGGGCCGCUGCACGUCCUGGCAGUUCCAGUGCGACCAGGACUUUCCUGGUUCCGGAGAAUCCGGAUCCGGAAACAACUCGAGUCCGGAAUGUCUCCACCCGUGGCAGGUGUGUGACGGAGUCCGGGACUGUUCCUCCGGUGAAGACGAGAGGGAUUGUGGUGCCACGUGUUCGCCCGGGGAGAAGGAAUGUUGGAGUCCGGGUGGGAACGCGUCCUGUGUGGACUCCGGGCUGGUCUGUGACGGCGUCCGGGACUGCUUUCUGGGGGAGGAUGAGGACGACUGCCACAACGGUACACAUAACUGCACGGAGGGAGAGGUUGAGUGUUUCAGCUGGGCAGGAAACAUGACCUGUGUGGACCCCGGUCUGAGGUGCGAUGGGAACUGGGACUGCCCCUUCGGAGAGGACGAGGACUCUUGCGGCGGUGUGUGUCCCGAGGGAGAGAUGGAGUGCUGGAGCCCAGGGUUGAACGGGACGGAGCCGCACUGCGUCAACGCCAGUCUGGCCUGCGAUGGCAACUGGGACUGUCCGUUCGGGGAAGACGAGGAUAACUGUGGUACGCACUGUGGCAGUGGGGAGGUCGAGUGUUUUAGCUGGGCAGGAAACAUGACCUGUGUGAACUCCAGUCUGAGGUGCGAUGGCAACUGGGACUGCCCCUUCGGAGAGGACGAGGACUCUUGCGGAGGUCGAUGCGGUCCGGGUGAGAUCCCGUGCCGAACUGUCGGGAUGAACUUGACCUGUGUGAAUGCCAGUCUGGCAUGCGAUGGCAUCAUGGACUGCCCCUUUGGAGAGGAUGAAAUGCGUUGUGUAGAGCACUGCGGCCCUGGUGAGAUCACGUGCCGGGCUUCGGGGAUGGGUGUCACGUGUGUGAACGCCAGUCUGACCUGUAACAUGAUAUGGGACUGUCCUUUCGGGGAGGACGAGAGGCAUUGUGGUGGUGAGUGUAGUGUAGGCGAAAUCGCAUGCUGGGACGGGCCAGGGAACGUGUCCUGUGUGAACGCGAGUUUCGCCUGUGAUGGCAUCUGGGACUGUGCUAACGGGCAGGACGAAAUGCACUGUGGCAAUGCAGGCUGUGAGUUUUGGGAGUACCGCUGCCGGCGAAACGUAUCGUCAAUGAUGAUGAGAAACCACAGUAGAGAAGAGAUGAGGAAGAUGAGGAACGGGUCCGAACCUGUGUGCAUACAUCUUCUAGACGUCUGUGAUGGGAACAGGGACUGUCCUAUGGGAGACGACGAAGCACGCUGUGAUACUCGCCCACGUUGCGGAGAGUGGGAGAUGGAAUGCCGAGGCCACGGGAGGAACUUUUCCUGUAUAAACGCCAGUCUGAUCUGUGACGGCAACAGGGACUGUCCCCACGGCGACGACGAAAGAGAUUGUGCUUACAGUGACAGCCGUUGCAUACGAAUGCGGGAAGCCGCUAUGAGGAACAUGUCUAUGGGCCAGUCGCGGGUGUUCGUGCCUGCGUGUGACGAGUUCGGAGAGUUUGAACCGACCCAGUGCGAAGAAGACAGUAGCGGGGAGUGUUGGUGUGUGAACGGAGCAGGAUGUGAGCCCCUGGAGUACGGCCAGUGCUCAGGCAUGGGUUACAUGACCAGGUUUCCCCACAUGUACUUUCCCGAGUGGGAGAGUCAGGACGUGGCGUUUGAGGAGUUCAGCAAGUAUCUGCAGCUCUCCCACUGCCACCCAUACCUGCAGGACUACCUGUGCGAGUUCUUCUUUCCAAGAUGUACACCUAGAGGAGCAAGACCCAUCUGCCGUUCGUACUGCUAUGAGAUGUCGGAGGCGUGUUGGAACGACGCGGUGGCUGUCGGGAUACAGUGGGACACGCGGGGAUGCGACCUGCUGGAACUGCCGGAGGAAAACUGCAUCAGGUCUCCUUUCGCCAACGUGAAGCAGUGCCACCCCCGGCAGACGACCUGCCGGCGGAACUGGAACGAGACGCGCGCGGUGUCGGACCCGGUGUGCCUGGAGCCCGCCCAGAUGUGCGACGGCAAACCAGACUGUCCGCUGGCUGAAGACGAGCAAAACUGCUAUUGUGAACCCCAAGGCCUGGAUUCCUCCCUGGCUCGUCCGGAGAACGCAGGGAUGCUCGAGUCGUCACUAGAACCCACUUGUGAAGGUUGCCAGCCCAUCACCCUGCCCCUGUGCCUGGACAUGCCAUGGAAGGCGACCCGCUUCCCCAACAUGCUGGGCCACCCGGGCCAGCUCACCAUCCAGGCUGACAGGGACACCGGGGCCAUGCUGACUAUGCUGACCAACAGCAACUGCCAUGAGCACAUCCACUUUGCGGUGUGCUCUGCCGUGACGCCGAAGUGCGAGGGAGGCGGCCGCCUGGCGCCGUGCAGGAAGUUCUGCAAAGAGAUCCAGGGCAGCUGUGAGCACGCCCUGACCAGUCUGGGUGAGACCUGGCCGUUCGACUGUGACGGCAUGCCUCGGCCCGAGGAGGCGCCCUGCAUCACUCCGGAUAAACUUGUCGAUGUUGACGAGUGUGCCACUGAUCAGUACAUGUGUGACCGAAAAGCCCGAUGCAGAAACCUGUUCGGCUCCUACACGUGUGACUGUAAACCUGGCUACCAGAGCACUGCGGUCAACGGAACAGGGUUUCCCGGGGAGUGUGAAGACAUAAAUGAAUGUAACGCCACGCAGCCGGCUUGUGGCCCCCACACGGAGUGCCAUAACCUUCCGGGCGGCUUCAGGUGCAGAUGUGACCGGGGGUACGAGAAAAUCAACGCCACCCACUGCACAGAUAUUGAUGAGUGUGUCAGUGGCCUCAGUGGCUGCUCGGAUCUCUGUAACAACACCGUCGGUUCCUUCUUCUGCCGAUGUCCGCGAUUCUUUGAGCUGGACCCACGCAACAACAGAACAUGCAAAGCUGCCCUGUCCUGUUCGUCCUCGAACCCCUGUUCGCCCAGUGACGUGGCGACUUGCGCAGUGACUGAUGACGGUUAUCUUUGCGGCUGCCAGGCGGGGUACCAACUGGCACCGGGCAACACGAAUGAGUGCAGGAGAGGUAACAACAACUGUGACCGUCAGCUGGCCGUCUGUACGGACACACGGGGCAGCUUCACCUGCUCCUGCAAACCCGGGUACUCCGGGGCCGGCACGGUCGGCGAGUGCGAAGAUAUUGACGAGUGCACCACUGGAGAUUACCUGUGUGACGACCGCGCGGACUGUGUGAAUGAGAUCGGCUCCUACACGUGCGUGUGCCGGACUGGGUACCGCAGUGUGUCCCGCAGGGGAACGGGCUUUCCCGGGGAGUGCAAAGAGCAGCGACUGUUCCCGUACGGUGCCGACUCGGGUCACACGCGGCUCGCGGCCCCGGCUGGGAGGGACGCCGUCUCCCCUCUCAUCCCGGUUCCCAACGGCCUUCCCACCAGGGGCGGACAGCUCGCCAACUCUAUAUACGUUUUAGAGGAUGGCGUAAUCGUGGCCACUAGCCUGACAUCUCGCCGUGACCGAGCAGCAAAAAAGAUCUACCGCCACCCGACCACCGCAACAGAAGCGUUCGACGGGCCGCUUCUGGCCGUCUUCGCGCCGUUCUGGGCUGAUAGCGUCACGGGACCAGGGUACCCUUCUAGGGUCUGGUACUUCCCCUACACACCCGGCACUCCCAACUACGACGAGGUGUUCAGCGUGGCAUCAGAAAACGUGCAGAAGCACUUCGGCGUGGCGAACUUUGACCCCACGUUUGUUCUGGUCGUCACCUGGGAGAACAUGGCGAUGGCAGGAGACGUGGCGAGGGAGAACAUUAAGACGAACACGUUCCAAGCGGCGCUGGUGACUGAUAACGUUCACACGUACAUGGCGUCGUACUACGCUGACGGCGGAAUGAGGUGGGACCCGCAGAUCACCCCUGGCAACCUGGUGGGCGGGAUGUGGCCCGCCUUCGUGGGGAUGGUCAUCAAACACCCGUGGGAGGGGGUACAGGUGGAGGAGGACGAAAACUCCAGGAUGAAGACGAGGUUUGUGAACGGAACCAAAGACUGCACGGGCUCUAACGUGUACUGUAUGGAUGAGAAAGUCUCUCCCACCACGAAUCGUACCGGCAUCAUAGCGGUACAAGUGGACGACAAUCCCACAGACUGGGUCAACCCUAGACUCUGGUGCGCGGACUGGUACAAGAGAGAGCCCGACCCGUUCCUGUACUCCAGUCCGCUCUCCUGUCCGCUGACCAGCAUCCACGCAGGUCUGGACCUCAGGUGGAAGGUGGUGACCGGCCUCGACCCCAGAAGGACCUGCUACGAGCAGAGAGACAACUCCGGAUUCUCAGACGGUGGAAACAACUUGUGCUGCUACCGUCGGUCUGGAGCCUUCCUCUGGCGGAACCGCGCUCUUUCUGGGAACCUGCACAGAUAUGCACGGGACACACAGGAGUACCAGGAUCAUGACAUCCUCCCCUGGACCUACUGUUGCCAGGAUACGGGCACCGCCUACUGCAGUCUGUACUUCAGCAAGCGGCCCAUGCAGACCAACGUCGGCUACGAACCGCCAAGGCAGAGUGCCGGAGCAGGUGACCCUCACCUGACGACGUUGGACGGCCUGUCCUACUCCUUUAACGGUUACGGGGAGUACCUCAUGGCUAACAGUACCAGCAGCGCCCCUCGCGGAUUCCUCAUGCAAGGCAGGACGGACAUGGCUGAGGUGGAGGAGGGCAAAACACCACAGGCUACGGUUUUCACCGGCAUUGCUGUCCAGCAGGGUAGCGCCAGUGUACAGCUAUACCUGGACAGCACAGGCUCCAGUCUGGACGUGUACGUGGACAGCACACAGGUUGCGCUGUCUGACAUCGCCAGCGGAAGCAGCAGCACGUUCAGCGAUGGGGAGUUUCAGCUCAUCACAGAUUCUUCCAGCGGCACCGUGACCGGCGUGAAGGUCAUAUUUACAUCCGGGAUCUCGGUGCAGGUCGACGCCGGCCUCAGCAUGCUCACCUACGCAGUCUCCAUGACCCCUGACAUGAAGGGUCACGUGCGGGGCAUGCUGGGUAACUUCAACGACGACAAGGACGACGAAUUCUAUUGGCCGAACGGAACGGCGGUUGCCAUUAGCAACCUGACGAACACGGCAGAGGCGGAAACUUUUCCAUGGGGACAGAGUUGGGCACUUCCGAACUAUGCUGCUGACGAGCUGGGCUCAGACCCGUCCACAAUUUCGCUGUUCAGUGUUUACCCCGGUGGCGGGAACGCUACGACAUACGGGAACUUGACCUUCCAACCUUUGUUCUUUGACCUGGACACCAUGUUUGCCACAGAAGCGGACAAGCUGAGGGCUAUUGAGGUUUGCGGUAGCGCCACUGCAAAGGAAUGUCUGUUCGACAUCGCUCUGACUGGAAACGAGGCCGUGGGAGCUGCCGCGGCUGCUGCCUUGGAGGCGGUUGCCAGUAGCAACGCUGCUCUGGAUAACACGCCGCCCGUGUUUAACGUAACGUCCGAGGUUCGCGCGACGGUCGGGCAGGAGUUCGGCCUACAGCUGGAGGCUACGGACGACGGGACCGUCACCAUCUCACUACAGGCCGGGACGCCGGGUAGUGUCAACGCCACUAACUACUACACUUGGACUCCUACCGACACCGCAAACGUCACUAUCGAGUUCCUGGCCACUGAUGACGUCGGCGCCGCCACCCUCGCUUCUCCUGACGUCACCGUAUGCUCCUGCCAGAACAACGGUACGUGUAACUGGGAGGCGACUCUCGCUGAGCGGAGUAACGGGUUCGCCCUGGCCUCCUGCGACUGUCUGCUCGGGUUCGACGGGGACGAAUGUGAGACCGACACCGACGGAUGCUCGGUCACACCCUGCUACCCUGGUGUGAGUUGUACGGACGCCCCCGCCCCUCUCGACGCCGACUCCGCCGGCUACACGUGCGGGGCCUGUCCUGCCGGUAUGGUCGGGGACGGACAGUCCUGUGCGGAUCUGAACGAGUGCCUCCUCUUACCGAACGAGACAGACGCGCACCAGUGUCAGAACGCCACGUGUAACAACGAGGCACCUGGCUACAGCUGCGAGUGCUUGGCAGGGUACACCAUGCUGGCAGACAACAGAACAUGCCUUGAUAUUGACGAGUGCAGUGCAGGCACCCACAACUGCGAUGCCCAGGCCACCUGUACCAACAUCGAGGGUUCCUUCAACUGCACCUGUAACACUGGGUACGCAGGUGAUGGGAACACCUGCACAGAUAUUGACGAGUGCCAGACCAGUAACGGAGGCUGUGACCGGAUCUGUCUGAACGUGGAGGGAAGCUAUCAGUGUGCCUGUGACUCGGGCUUCAGACUCGCGGACGACAUGCACUCCUGCGAAGAUAUAGACGAGUGUUCCGGUCCGACUCACGGCUGUACUCAGUUCUGCACCAACACAGUGGGCGGGUUCGAGUGCUCCUGUAAGGAAUACUACGUACUGACGUCGGACGGGAAGUCUUGCGAAGCUGCCCAGUCCUGUAGCAACGACACAGCCUGUACCCAGCUCUGUGCCGUCAUUAAUGUGACAGAAGUGUGUGACUGCAUCAGUGGGUACACCCUGGCUCAGGACCUACAGACAUGUGCAGACAUUGACGAGUGCGCCGCCAACAUGACCCACUCCUGUGACCCUGUAAACGGUGCCUGUAGUAACACUCCAGGGAGUUACAACUGUAGCUGUAAGGCUGGUUACCAACUGGAGACCAACGGGGGAUCACUGUGUGAAGAUAUUGACGAGUGCAGCACGUCUAACGGAGGUUGUGGACAGGUGUGCGAAAACACCCCAGGGACAUUCUCAUGUUCCUGUAACCAUGGUUACACACUGGGGGCCGAUGGGAAGGCUUGCAAUGAUAUUGAUGAAUGUGCGCUGAACACUGACGGCUGUGAACACACGUGUACCAACACGAAUGGCUCCUAUGUCUGCUCCUGUCCUGAGGGACUCAAACUGGACAACAGUGGAACCGACUGUGUCGCCGCUGAUGCUUGCCUAAGCACCACCUGUUCCCCUGCUGACGUCAGCACCUGUGCCGUCAUUUCCGGUACAGAGACCUGCAUGUGCGCGACCGGAUAUGAACUUGGCAGCAACGCUACAACAUGCCAGGACAUCAAUGAGUGUAACACUGUGUGUAACGGGACGAACAUCGCCUGUACCAACACGGAGGGUUCCCACACGUGCGGCUGUGUGGCGGGGUUCUACCUGGAAAAAGAUGAAAACGGAGAUACCAGCUGUAUCGCCACGAAGUCUUUCUCGGGGUCGAUCCGGAUCACCAGUCAGAGCUUCACGGCGGACCUGGCCGACACGACAUCUGCUGCCUUCAAAACUCUGGCCGCUUCUGUUAAAACUACGCUUGACGACUUGUACACCUCCAAACUCGGCGAUGCUUUCAAAGGUACGGAGGUAACCGGCUUCAGUAACGGGAGUAUCAUCACCGACUAUAACGUGAACCUGGCUCCAAGCAGUAACGAGACGGCCGGCAGCUUGUCUACCGCGCUGUCCGAGGCCAUACAGGACUCCGGCGGCGGAGGGGCCUUCGCGUUCGACCCCAGCAGCAUCAGCGUUACUGAUGUGGACGAGUGUGCCAGUGCAGGUGCGAACAACUGCCACAUGCAGGCCACCUGUACCAACACGGAGGGUUCCUACACCUGUACCUGUAACACUGGCUACACGGACGCCUCUCUUACGGGUACCAAGGCGGGAUCGGUGUGUGAAGCUGUGAGGCCUGCUGCUUCCGACAGCAACAUCGGCGUCGCCAUUGGCCUGGGGGUGACUUGUGGCAUCCUGGGUAUCAUCAUCAUCGCCGCCGUACUCUGGUACUUCGUAUCCUACAAAACCAAGAGGGGGUCUGCUAAAAUCACUCCUGAAUGAGAGCUGUAAAUAUAGGAUGAUGUCUUAUUCGACCAAUGUUCCUGUUUUGGAUACACAGGAUAAAUGCCGUAUAAGAGGGUUCUUUCUUCAACAACCAACGGCUUCGAUAACGGUCCGUCACCUUCUUCGGGUCAG